AUGCAUGGUGUACCGCGUCGAAAGAGCGUCUUCUCGUCGAGUUUUAAGCCGGCGCAGGAUCCGGCGCCCAAGCCUUCUAACCGUCCGCGCGAUAAUCUUCGCCGCCCCGCCAGGACAGAGCCAGAGGACAUCGUCCUUCCCAAGCGCGUUCGCGAGACACCCAAGAAGCUUCCUGUCAACAUGCUGGAUGAAUGCACCUUUGGCGAGUGCCGUCACCGUCGACACGACAUCGGCGAGGGAGCUGUCGUCGCACACGGCGGUGUGCACUGCACUUUCGAUCGCUGGGACGCGUUCAUGAAGUUUGCAGAGUUGCUGAUGCCUUGCAAGCGGUGCAGGGACAACCAUGCAUUUUAG